AAGCAGAAUAGCUCUGGAAUUUAGUACCGUUUAAUUUAAAGUGCUUGUUUGCUCCUUGUCUUGUCUGUACUUAACAGGCUUGUGUGUGUGUCUAAACUCCGCACAUGGUCAAAGAAUGCCCUUCUUCCACCUCUUCUUGCCGAGUACUAUUACAUCAUUUCCUGCAGAGAACAAGUUAAAGCUGUUGGGUGAAGUCUGCAGUCUUGAUCGCUUAUUUCCUGGCAAAGGCUCUUGAGAAAUUCCCUGAACGAGAAGUUUGCGGCUCCAGCUUAAUUCUUAAAUUGGUCAUUCAGCCCGGACCUGUUCCUGUCCCAGAGCAGCGCUCCCCAUUCAUUCCUCAUGAUGCGUUCAAGUGUAAACGGAACUAUUAUGUUAGUAUUUGGACUACGUUGUAGUUGUCCGCACAUUUACAGUAAGACAACAUACCUGUACGAUACCUAUGGAGAAAUAUACUUACAUGGCACUUAUCGACAACCAGGACUUGGGCAGAUAGGCAGAUAAGGUACGAACAUACACUGGAAAAGUGAAACUAACGUACUGGCAGGAAUGCAGCAGAGCCCCCCGCCCACACACACACACGCUUCACUCGCAAUGCCUCCGUUUAAAAUAAAGAGAAACUGAAAGCAGCCGCAGCAUCACGUUGCAUCAGUGUGCCAAACCUUCUGUCGUCAAAAGCCAGCAGACACACGGGCUGGACGUUUCGCUUCGGACUUCUCAUUUACACGCUCAGCAAAUCAUCAAGACAUUACUCUCCAUCCCAGAAAUAUAGCAUUACCUAUGUAGUAUCCGGUGCUUUUUUUGUUGUCGUUGUUAUUAUUAAUAAUUUUUUUUUGGAUCGCGACUCAUUCAUAGAUUGAUCCAAGCGGCAGAGAGACGCGCUGAUCCUCCGCCAAGCAUCUGGCUUUGAAUGGCUCCACUUGCGUGCAGGCUGCACGGAUGAUCCGGGAUGGGUUCGUCCUGCCGGUGGUCAGCUGUCUAGACAGUUUGCUGCGGGGGGAAGAGAUGUCCCCGUUAUUCAUGGACACUGGGUACAAGCCUCACAGCCCCGGCUCGCUGUCAGCUGAGGAGAGUCACAGCAACACAACUGGAUCCGAGAGAGAAGGAGACGGACAACAGACGAAAGGGAGAGGGACAAAAAGAAAAGAGAAGAACAGAGACGCUGCAAGGAAGAGCCGGAGAAAACAAACGGAGAGAGCGGACGAGCUUCAUGAGGAGCUCCAGGGUCUGGAGCGAUCAAAUUCAGCCCUUCAAAAGGAGAUUGCCUCCUUGAAAAAAGACUUUCACCUCUACACAAUGGCUCUGGAGCGUCACAAGCCUUCCUGUUGCCUUCGAGACACUGUAUCCAGCUCCAGCUCAACAACCGGCCUCUCAGUUACCUCCUCAGUUGACUGUCAAACUGGCUCCAGUCCUCCUCCUCCUCAGGCCUCAACUUACACUCAAGCUGCUGCUGUCCCUUCACUGUCUGCCUCCUUAACGUCCAGCUUGGGUCUUCCAACCCCUGACUGUGUUGAAAGCAUACAUCUCUCAUCUUCAGCUCCUGCUCCAACAAUUACCACAUUAGCAUCUCCCAGCCCUUCAACUGUUCCGUAUUGUGUCUCUUUAUCUACUGUCCCAUCUCCUCACUCAUUGUUUAGUAAUGAUCCCCCUCUCAUCACAUCAAGGCCAACAAAUGUUACAGAAAACGCAGGUCUGUUCGCACAAGGUUGUCCCAUGAAUGUGCCCCAGCUGCAUCCAGGUCAGCCCAGAGGAAAUCCACUUUUACUGUCAUCUCUUCAAGAUCCUGCUCCUCAGUCUCUCUCAGUGACCCCUCAGGCAAACUCAGAGUUGUCUCUAGCCUCCUCUUCUGCCUCAAAGCCAAGUGACAGUCUGCACGCUGCACACCAUCCAGAAUCUUUGCUUUCCCUACUCACCAUCCCAAGUCCCCUCAAUGUGUCUCAGACUACCUCCGGCACCUUUGAUGGAGCUUUUCGUCAACCCCUGAACUCGCUGCCACCAUUGGGAGAUACCUCAACAGAUCUCUCCUUGUCUGAGCUCCUGGAGUUCAAUGAUUGGAUACUACAAUAAGUCUGAUUAGUAACCAGCAGCACUACAUGCCAGGUGGCAAAGGAAGACCAGUUUUGCUGUGCCAAAAUAGGCAUUUAUGUAGUAACUUUCUGUAUUUUAAGCAGUUUAAAGAGUUGUUUUUUUUAACUAGGUUGGACCAAAUGGUAUGGAAGGACGCCACAGAGACCUGUGGAGAUUGAGACCUCAGUCUCAGAAGUCCAGUGCAGCUUCUUAGGAGUGGUAAUACAAUGCUAAGCAGUUAAAGGGGUAUAACAGUAAAAUGUUAUGAGUAUAAGCAGACACAUUUAUACAUCUGACAUCUGCAUGGAAAUCCUACCAUCAGGAAGAACUAAGUUCCAAAGAAAUGUCUGGGCUGUUGCUCAUAUUCAGCUUUCUGAUCCUUAUAGGGACAUUCUAGUGAUUUAGUAUUGCAUAGAAGUUCACUUUGAACGCCAAAAGUUUCAGAGACAGGAGGCUUGUUUUUUUACUCCUUUCUCACAGCUGCUAAAAUCUUUCUUUGAAAAACAGACCAAAACACAAUAAACACAGCUACAUUAAAUCAGUAAUUAUAGACGAAAUAUGAAUUAACUACUGUGUGCAAUAAAAUCCAGCGACAUGCAAUUUUUUGUUUUUGGAAAAAAAAAAAAGUAGGUGGGUGGGUGAUUAAUCCACA